AUGCCCGUUCAGAAGCCCACAUUCCAGUCCCUGCCUCUUCGUCCAGAUGGUCCGCGCGGUAAUGCAUGGGGACUCUUUGGGGAGCACGACGAGAUGGGCAUGCUUAACCUGCUCACCCCCGAGAACACUGCAACGGCCGCGAAGGAGAUCAUCGAGGGGGUUCGUGUCUCGACUGACUGGGCCCUGAACAGUAUGGCCGUCCCUUGUUUUGGACGAUCAGCUUUUGAGCAUACCGUCAAGAAUAAGGCUCCACGGCACGUGAAUGACGAUAUCUUGACCUUCAACACCCAAAGUAGCUCUCAAUGGGACGGGUUUCGCCAUUACGGAGCCAAGGAAGGGUCGUACUUCAACGGGUGUUCACUGGAGGAUAUUCAGACCUCAACGCGAAAUGGAAUCCACGUCUGGGUAGAAAACGGCGGCAUCGUCGGACGAGGGGUUCUUCUCGACUACGCGAGUUGGGCUGAAGCUCAUGGUCACCCCGUGAAUUGCUUCCAGACCCAAUCCAUCCCGGUUUCCGUGCUUCAAGAAGUCGCUGCGAGUCAAAAGACCACAUUUCGACCAGGGGACAUUUUGUUCAUCCGGACAGGCUGGACACGGGCGUACGAACAACUGUCCACAGCGGAGUGCCAGCAAUUAGCGGAUCAUAAGGCACCACCCGUGAUUGGGGUCGAAUCGUCAGAGGAGAUGCUGCAAUGGAUCUGGGAGAACGACUUCGCAGCCGUGGCGGGCGAUAUGCCAAGUUUCGAAGCGUAUCCACCUCAGAGUACAGAUUUCUUCCUGCACGAGUGGCUAUUAGCAGGCUGGGGCGUUCCUAUCGGCGAACUCUUUGAUUUGGACCGGCUGGCUCGGGAAUGUCGCCAGCGAGGGCGAUACAGUUUCUUUUUCAGCAGCGUGCCAUUGAAGGUGCCUGGCGGCGUUGCCAGCAUCGUCCGGCGGUCGCAAGACCGUUCGAACGGACGAUCUCCGGUCGCAUGCAACCGAUGUCGCAACCGAAAGACCCGCUGUGCCGGGAACCCACCACACCCCUGUGCAGCUUGUGUCGACGUAGGGGAGACGUGCGUAUAUUCUGAGGCCGAAAAGCGCGUCUCGAUUACGGAGAGAGAAUAUCGCCAAUUAAAAUCGCAGUCUCGCGCCCACUCGGUGCAAUCGCAUGCACAUUCACAGUCCCAGUCACCAUUCCAAGCCGUGCGAGGCUCGUCAAUUGCAGAAAGCGAUUGGCAUAGUUCUCCUAGUGGGCCAUCGAGUGUGCCCUCUACAGCGGCCCGUUAUUCGGAGAGCGAGGUUCCCUUCGAGCGAGAUGACUGGUGGUUCAAGGGAGUCGAUAAUCUGUUAUUGAACCGAUCGGGAGAGCAUCACUUCGUGGGUCCAUCCUCUGCCACCAAUUUGGCCAAACGUCUUAAUCCCGGCUCGACCAAUCUGGCCUGGGAUGUGCGUCCUCUCUAUGAUGACCCCACAUCCCUCCGACGACCAAUUGCGCGUUCAUUACCUCAAUUACCAACCUUUGAAUUCGCAAAACGACUUUUCUGGGUUCAAUACGCCUACAUUGGCACCAUAUUCUCUCUUAUCCAUCCCCGGCAAUUCGAAGAGCGGCUAGAGAUUGUCUAUCAUCAGCCCCCAGAUUUCUCUCACCGUGAAUCUUGUCUGACCUACUGCCAAGUGCUCCUGGUCAUGGCCUUUGGGCUCCUCUAUUCAGUCAACCAGUGGUCGGGGGAUGAGGGACCCCCCGGUUUCAAAUAUUUUAAAUACGCCCUACGAUUUUUGCCAGAUAUUCACGAAGAAGGUUCGAUCUUCUUUGUUGAGGUGCUGUGCUACGUGGCAUAUUAUAUGCAAAAUCUUAAUAGAAGAGAUGCUGCCUUUAUCUAUAUUGGCCUCGCUCUACGAAUGGCCAUUUCUCUGGGACUUCAUCAAGAGGUUUCGGAUCCAGGAAUAAGUGAGACAGAUAGGAACCGCCGCCGCAGAGCUUGGUGGUCCGUAUAUAGUCUCGACCGGGUUCUCUCAGUUAAAUCUGGUAAUCCGAUUACUAUCCAGGAUGAAGAUAUUGGCAUCACCUGGCCAGCUGCACUAGACGGAUCAACUUCCGACCCGUGGCCGUCAAUUGUCUUGACUUAUUACACACAGCUGUCUCGUAUCUUAGGAAGAAUUGGUGAGGAGAUUUAUCGCAAAAAGCCUCGCUCUGGUUUCAACUUGAUCAUGUCUGUACAGAGUAUCACCAACGGUCUUGCGAGCUGGCUCCGUUCAAUUCCUGAUCGCCUUCGGAUUGAUUUCACCACACUAGACACGCACGUCAACCGUGAGACCGUCUCGAUCAACUUGCACUUUUACUCAUGUGUGAACAUGACCGCACGUCCCCUCGUAUUUUACAUCAUCCAGAGACGUCUUGAUGCAGUUACUUUGGGAACUUCUGCUGGGGAUUGGAAAGAUGGAUUAGCUCCAAAUACCGUUGCAGUUAUCGACAGCUGUAUUACUGCUGCUCGAGCUACGACGAUGAUUAUGGACGCCGCUGCCAAACACAAUCUGAUAGCUACAUACGGCUACCUUGAUGGUGACUACAUCUUCUCCGCAGCGCUACUCCUUGUCAUGGUCAACGCAGCAUUUCCAUAUAACGAAGCCAACAUGCGGUCAAUGGAGAUGGCCCUUACUCUUCUUCGUAGCAUGGCCGAUAGGGGUAAUACCUAUUUGGCUUCUCGACAUGCCCUACUUCUGGAGCUACGUGCAGCAAUUGAUCCUAAGCCUGCCCCCGCCGACGUUGAGCAACCCAGCCCGCUAAAUGUCCCUGAUACGCCCACGAGUGACCGGCCAGCAAGUCCUGUAGUUGAAGUACCCGUGUCAAACCCUCCACCAAUGCUUGUUGAUGACUGGCUACACCCUCCAGAGUUCCCUUCAUUAGAAGAUAUUUCCUUCCAGAUUGACAUUCAUGAUGACCCAGCAUUGUGGGAAGGUGCAUUGGACCAGAUUGAUAUUGACAUGGAUACGGACUGGAUUGAGAAUACAUUGAGAAGAUAG